AUGCUGCCCGUCUUCGUGAGCUCCGUCCUGGGCUACCUGCCGAUCCCGCUGCUCCUGACGUUCACGGUGCAGCAGGGCGGGACCAUGGACACACGGCUGGGCGGCACCCACGUGCCGCCGGCGAGCCUUUUCGUCAUCCCGAUCGUGUUCCAGAUGCUGAUCCUGGUGGUGUACGACCGCGCCGUCGUGCCGUGCCUGCGCCGCGGCACGGGGUACGCCGGCGGCAUCACGCACCUGCAGCGGAUCGGGGUCGGGUUCGCGUCCAACGUCGUGGCGCUCGCCGCUGCCGCGGCCGCCGAGAUGUCGGUGUUCUGGCUGACGCCACAGUUCUUCCUGCUGGGCGUCAUGGACGUCACCUCCUUCGUCGGCCUGCUCGAGUUCUUCUACAGCAAGGCCUCCGCCGGCAUGAAGUCCAUCGGGGGCGCCGUCUUCUUCUGCAUCCUCGGCGUCGCGUCGUGGCUCGGGAGCGUCCUCAUCCGGGUGGUCAACCGCGUCACCGCGCGCCACGGCAGGGGCACCGGGUGGCUGGACAGCGCCAGCCUCAGCGCCGGCCGCCUCGAUUUGUUCUACUGGCUGCUUGCGCUCUUCGGAUUCGUCGCCUUGCUUCUCUACCUGUUGUGCGCGUGGAGGUACACCUACAGGCAUCAUCCGUCGAGGAUGCAGUCGGCGAUGGAGGAUCAAAGGGUGUCUCCCGCAUCCAAGAAGCUAGAUGCGGCGCUUUGA